AUGUUUACCCAACAACUGAAAGGAUCUGUAGCCUUGUGGGCAUUGGUUUUUGCAUGGACUGUUACUGGAUUUGAUGGUGAUGGAAGAUCUGUAUGGGGAAAAGACCUGAAUUUCAGUCCGGUGAAUGAAACCCAGAUGUUUCUGCAUGACACGUUCCCCCAAAAGUUCCUCUGGGGUGUGGGGACCAGCGCAUUUCAGGUGGAGGGUAGCCAGAGGAAGGAUGGAAAGGGACCCUCAAUAUGGGAACACUUCAUCCAUUCACACGACUCCAGGACAGAUGAUUCCAGUGACAGCUACACUUUUCUAGGGAAAGAUUUAUCAGCUCUGGAUUUUUUGGGAAUCUCUUCUUACCAUUUUUCAAUUUCAUGGCCACGGCUCUUCCCCACUGGGAUGACAACAGCUGUCAAUGAAAAGGGGCUCCAUUACUACAAUAGUCUCCUAGACGCACUAGUCCGUAAACGCAUUGAGCCUGUAGUUACCCUUUACCACUGGGAUUUGCCUUGGGCACUGCAAGAGAACUAUGGAGGGUGGAAAAAUGAAUCCCUCAUUGACAUUUUCAGUGCCUAUGCCACUUUUUGCUUCCAGACUUUUGGGGAUCGAGUUAAGUACUGGAUCACAAUCCACAAUCCUUAUCUAAUUGCCUGGCAUGGGUAUGGCACAGGGAUUCAUGCACCUGGAGAGAAGCAGGAAAGUGCUCUCUACAAAGUAGGACAUAAUCUGAUCAAGGCUCAUGCAAAAGUCUGGCAUAAUUACAACAAGCAUUUCCGACCUCAUCAGAAAGGACUUUUGUCCAUCACGUUGGGAUCCCACUGGAUUGAACCUAAUAGAUACGAGAACAAUUCAGACCUUGCAAAGUGUCAGCAGUCCAUGCAGAAAGUUUUGGGGUGGUUUGCCAAGCCAAUUCAUGGAGAUGGAGAUUACCCUGAAGAGCUGAAGAGUGAGGUUGCCUCUAUCUUGCCAGAUUUUACCAAGACAGAGAAAAAACAGAUUAAAGGGACUGCUGAUUUCUUUUCAUUCUCCUUUGGCCCUGAUAAUUUUACACCACCUAACAAGCUGCCAAAUAUGGGACAAGUUUUUUCACUCAACCUGAGGGAUGUGUUGAACUGGAUUAAACUGGAAUAUAACAGUCCUAGAAUCCUGAUUGCAGAAAAUGGGUGGUUCACCAACAGCCGUAUAAAAACUGAAGAUACCAAAAUUAUCUACGCAAUGAAGAAUUUUAUAAAUAAGGUCCUACAAGCUAUUAAAUACGAUCAAAUUGAUGUAUUUGGUUACACGGCUUGGUCUCUUGUGGACGGACUUGAAUGGCAACAUGGUUAUCAAAACAGACGAGGAUUAUUUUAUGUAGAUUUCAAUAGUAAGGAAAAGGAGCGGAUUCCCAAAUCAUCUGCAUUUUAUUACAAACAAAUAAUACAGGAAAAUGGCUUUCCUGAAUCUACCCCACCUUUGUACGGUCAGUUUCCCUGUGACUUUUCCUGGGGUGUGACGGAGUCUGUCAUUAAGGCAGAAUCAGUAGCUUCCUCACCACAGUUCUGUGAUCCCAAGCUGUAUCUCUGGAAUAUUACAGGAGAUGGACUUCUUUACCCAGUAAAAGGAGUGAACUUGAAAACCCGGCCAGCCCAGUGUACAGACUUUGUCAGCAUUAAAGCACAACGGGAGCUGCUAUCUAGGCUGAAGAUCACCCACUACAGAUUUGCGCUCAAUUGGCAGCUACUUCUGCCCAGUGGCAAUUUGUCAUCUGUCAACAGCCAAGUCCUUCGAUACUAUCGUUGUGUGAUUAGCGAGAUGCUCAAGCUAAACAUCACACCCAUGGUCACCUUAUAUUAUCCAACUCACCGCUCACUGGGUCUGCCUGUACCUUUAGUUCAGAAUGGUGGAUGGCUAAACCAGUCCACGGUUCAGGCUUUUAGAAAUUAUGCAAAAAUGUGUUUUCAGGAACUUGGAGACCUGGUUAAAUUCUGGAUCACAAUCAAUGAACCCAACCGACUCAGUGCUAUUUACAACAGCAGUAGUAAUGACACCUACCAGGCAGCACACAAUUUAUUGAUUGCGCAUGCCUUGGCUUGGCAUGUCUAUGAUAAACAGUAUCGAUCCUUUCAGGAUGGUCAGGUAUCUUUGUCUUUGCAUUCGGACUGGGCAGAACCUGCCAAUCCCUUUCUUGACAGCCACUGGGAAGCUGCAGAAAGGUUCCUUCAGUUUGAAAUAGCUUGGUUUUCAGAUCCAAUUUUUAAGACAGGGGACUAUCCAGAAGCCAUGAGAGAAUACCUUGACUAUAAGAACAGCAAAGGCCUCUCUGGUUCCUCUUUACCACAUUUUACCAACGAAGAGAAGACACUUGUAAAAGGAGCAGCUGAUUUCUAUGCACUGAAUCACUUCACCACAAGACUUGUGAGCAAUGAGCCGAAAAAUGGAAGCCGGCAUGAAUUUGAUCAGGAUGUUCGGUUCCUGCAAGAUCUCACCUGUCUGAGUUCUCCAUCUCGCUCAGCAGUUGUACCUUCAGGGUUACGCAAAAUCCUAAACUGGAUUAAAAAGCGUUACGGUGGCAUUGAUAUCUACAUCACAGCAAGUGGGAUAGAUGAUCAGUCGUUAAAAAAUGAUGAACUUCGUAAAUACUAUCUUGAAAAGCACGUACAGGAGGCUUUAAGAGCUUACCACAUUGACAAAGUCAACAUUAGAGGAUAUUUUGCAUUUAAGUUGACUGAUGAAAUAUCCAAACCCAGACUUGGAUUCUUCACCUCCGACUCCAAAGCCAAGGAUUCUGUCCAAUUCUACAACCAUCUGAUUAGCAACAAUGGCUUCCCCUUGGAUCCCACAAAUAGUGUGUGUCGUAAACUAAAUGAAAAAGACCCCUGUACUCUCUGCCUAUUUUUAAUGGAGCAAAAGCCACUCAUAUUUUUUGGAUGCUGCCUUAUCUUUGCUCUCAUCUUGCUUUUAAGUCUCAUUUUCCAUAAAAGAAAAAACAGGAAAUGGUAUUGGUCAAAGAACUGCCAACACAUUUGUGUUCCUGUUAAUACUAGACAUAAGAAUGCUCUCAAACGAGAUAAAGAUCCAUCUUCCUUCUGCACAUACGUCAACAGCAAGGGUGAGAAAUUGUUGGAAGCACUCCAAGUCACUCCACUUAUGUAUACCAAGGGUCUUAUAAAAGAAAACAUAUAA